CCAAUCUUCUGUCAACUUCAUCAUUACUAGUAUUUAUAUCAGUCAUCAUCUUAUUAGGCAAAGGAUACACAAUUACCAGAGGUACAAUAAGCCAGUCUGGUGCUAUCAAGAUCACCAUCUAUAUGUCUCUAUUCACAUUCACGUAUGGAAUCUUAUACAUAUAUGAAGAGUCAGUGUUUGAUGAAAGAGAUGUGCUAUAUAAAUAUGAAUCACCCGCUGGUUAUGGUAUUGUAGCACUUCAUUUUAUUGGUUACAUAUGGAUGCUGUAUGCUAUACUUAUCACCAUUAAACGAUAUCCAGAGAAAACUACAUUUUAUUUCAAAUAUUCUUUGAUAUUUACAACAUGGUGGUUGGCAACACCUAUUGCAAUAUUUAUUUGUAACUUUUCUCUAGACAAAUGGAUUAGAGCUAAGAUAGUGAAUGGUAUAGAAAGAAGUGUUAUAUUUGGUGGACAUAUAUUUUUCUUGAUAUUAACCAGGCCAUCUGCUGCCAAUAAGAAUUUUCCAUUUCACUUAAGAACAACACAGGUUGAUGCUAUGCAACUUCAAGAGGCAUGCCCCGAAUCUUACUUUGGUACGCCAAGACAGUUUUCUGCUGGAAAUGGAACUACCCCAAUUAACAAUAUCAGUUUUAAUGAUCUAUUUGUCACUGAUUGGUCUAGUAGUCAACAAGAAAAUCAG